CUUUAUCGUAAUCACAUUCAAACUCAAGCCCGCGCCUUGUUCGGACGUACCGCGCGAACAUUUAAAUAGUCUAGUUUUAGGGAAUAAGUCAGUACACGGUAUUAGAAGGAAAAAAACGGCUUAAGUUUUUAUUUUUAGUGGUCGACGAUAUUAUUUAUUCAGUAUUUUUUCGAUUAUAAUGUCGGAAAGAGUGAAAAGUCUUUCCAAUUGACUGUGACUUAGAACAGAGUGGUGUUAGCGUUAAUCUAAUUAGUGUGUUCAAGAGCACAACUUUUCAACCAUGAAUUGUAGCAAACAAUUUUCAAUGUAAAGUGCAAGCAUGGUAUUUACCUUGAAACAAAUUUUGAAAUUCUCCCGAUAGAGAAUUUGUCCAGAAGCCAUAGUAUCGUGACCAGAGGGAAAAAAUCUCUCGCUGCCAAAGGAAGUUACGGAUUAAGAGAAACAAACCGUCAGGUGUUGGUGUAGUGAAAUUUAAACAAGAACCAUGGAAAAAUUAAACGAAUAUCAAGGCUGGACGGGAAGAUUUCACGAGUUUAAAGAGAAUGUGCGCGCGAAACGUGAUACGUGGAAGGAAGAGCACAACUACGUUGGAUUAGUUCAGUACAUAAAGGACCGUCUCAGAGCGUCCGGGAAUCAGCGGGAAAACGACCCAAGCUCGGGCGUUCCAUGGGACGACCGAGAUGCGGACUUUUCCCAUAUAUAUCGCAAGAAAACCCGCCGCGAGCUGAUCCGCGUGUCCGCCGCCGUUAUGGGAAUCGAAUUUUCCUACGCCGCCGAAACGGCCUUCGUAUCCCCAACACUGCUAAAGAUAGGAGUACAGCAUCGCCACAUGACCCUGGUGUGGUGCCUGUCACCACUGGUUGGAUUUUUCCUCACCCCAGUUCUCGGAUCCCUCAGCGACCGUUGUCGCAGCUUUCACGGCCGACGAAGACCGUUCAUAUUUUUCCUCUCGAUCGGGGUUCUACUUGGAUUGCUGCUGGUACCGAAUGGCGAAGAUCUGGGGUACGCCUUUGGUGACCAGGAACCCGCGUGGAAUGCGACGGCAGCCGUGCUUUCACACCGUGUGACAUCGCAGGAUGAUUUGCAGGAUGAAGGGCCGCCAAGGCCCAGCCAUCCGUGGGGUAUAUUUUUCACAAUUCUUGGUACAGUAUUAUUGGAUUUCGAUGCCGAUGCCUGCCAGAGUCCUUCGAGAGCCUACCUGUUAGAUGUAACGAUUCCGGAAGAUCACGCACGCGGACUGUCGACGUUCACGAUUAUGGCCGGAUUGGGCGGUUUUAUGGGAUACUCACUGGGUGGCAUCAACUGGGACGCCACCGCUAUCGGGAAAGCACUGGGUGGACACGUGCGUGCCGUUUUUUCGCUGAUUACCGUUAUAUUUAUCGUUUGUGUAGUUUGUACGAUCACGAGUUUUAGAGAAAUUCCACUAGUGGUGCUGGAGGAGCAAAUCGACAAGCAAGAUUCUGCCUAUCCUAGGAAAGCUGGCUGCGAAGAAGAUCCGUUGGAGAAAACCGAAACUGCGUCCUACGGUGCUGUUGAGGAGGAUGAAGCCCAUCUGCAGAGGAAUAAUCCAAGGAGGAAUACGAUAGCAACUUCGACGCUGUCGAAGAAUGAUUAUGGGCUGUUGCCGGGGGAAAAUUGUGCUGAAACUACGUUUACUGAUGAUGCUGGUGAUGGUGUAGGAGCUCGCCUGGCAGUGGAACCGGGGCAAUCCAACGUCGAGGCGGUUAGUCUGGAAACUUAUUUGAGGUCGAUCAUUUUCAUGCCACAUUCGCUGCGGAUGGUUUGUUUGACGAAUCUGUUCUGCUGGAUGGCACACGUCUGCUAUUCUCUUUAUUUCACCGAUUUCGUUGGCGAAGCUGUUUUUGAUGGUAAUCCGAAGGCUCGUGAUGGGUCAGAGGAAUACAUACGUUACGAGGAAGGCGUCCGAUUCGGUUGCUGGGGUAUGGCCAUGUAUUCCCUGUCGUGCGCUUGUUAUUCGUUUGUUAUUGAAAAGCUGAUUACUCGCUUCAAAGCUCGUAAAGUGUAUGUUGGAGGUUUGCUUUUCUACUGCUCCGGAAUGACGCUAAUGGCUUUAACAAAGCAUCCGGUAGGGGUAAUCCUGUUCAGUUGGACUGCCGGUGUAAUGUAUUCCACUCUGUUUACCAUGCCUUAUCUGCUGAUUGCACAUUAUCACUCGGAAGGAAUUUUUGAGCAAGUUGCUGGCGGGGAGGACGCGAAACAACCGGCAGCCGUUCGAGGUUUGGGUACCGAUGUGGCGAUCGUUAGUAGUAUGGUGUUUUUGGCCCAAUUUGUUUUGUCCAUCUGCAUGGGAACGAUUGUGUCCUGGAGUGGCACGACAACGGCAGUGGUUGGGGUUGCGGCCUUUCUCAGCUUUUGUGGUGCCAUUUCCGCUACACAAGUUAUGUACCUAGAUUUAUAAUAGAAGUUCGGACAGUAAUUUACGCAAGAUAACCUACGUAUUGACAAUACUCUAUGUGUAAAUUAAUAUGAGAUGUUGAAUAAUUUAUUCCAAUAAAUGUAUAUUGUAGAAAUGGA